GGCGCUGCGGGGUCACGUGGGCGGAAGAUAGCGGGAAGUGGAGAUGGUGGAGUGUUGUGGGGUCACGUGGGGUAAAGAUGGCGGAUGGUAGGAGUGGGAAGCAGGAGACUCCUUGCUCGUCGGAGCUGCUGGCGGUUAGCGGUCCGGAGGGAAUCGAACGGAAGUUUCUGAUCAGCACCGAUCAGUCUAGGAUUGCUGCCCGUCCCAAGAUAAAGAGGGUUCCCAGAAGUGGAGUACUGGACAGACUGCAGGCUUUCUUGCCACAGAUGGCACAUGCAAACCUGGAGCUGAGGAGGCAGAUGGAGACAACUGGUCAGAGCCAUUUUGAUAUUGAGAACGUGGAUGACUGCCCUGACAAGGUUAUUGAAAUGAACAUCUCUCUCUUUGAAGUGGAUGGUGAUAGUGGAGCAGAGUUGAUGUCUGAGGAUCCUGAGUCGGACACUGAGCCCCUUGGGGAAGUGACAGAAGCAAAUCUCAAGUUCCCUACAACCCAUCAGCAGCGGAAAGGCCAGAUUGAGGUUGUGUCGGUUGAUGAGACUAAGAGUGACUGAGAAUCCUGCCUCACAGAUAGGUAUUAAUUCCCCCUUGCACAAAGGGGGUGGGGACACAGUCGAUGGAAUUGUCGACAUGGGUAAGAUUAUUCAACCUUGAUAGAGGCAACCAAAUGGUGGGACUCUGCAUCACUGCUACCCUGCGGAUAGAUCAACAAUCUACCUGAUGACCAUGUGGAUUUAUAUGUUGACAAACAUACAAACAGAUAAUAAAAGUGGAUGGAUCAUUUGCAAGCAGAUGAGAAUGGCAUCAUGGUUGGCAUAUGCGCGGUGGGCCAAAGUACCUGUUUGGGUGCUGUACUGUUCUGUGAUAAAAGUGCCUUGGAUUCCAGUGUUGAGGAAAUGCAAUCCCAGGGUCCCUCAUUGGACAUACAUUCCUUGGUGCACUUUUGGCCUUUGCUCAUCAAUCCCAACACACACCCUUUGUAGCCCAGGGUCGAGAUGAAUAUUGGGAAAAACCUGGCUCCCUGGAGAACUCCUUCCAGCACAGAUCCAUGAUGGGGAGAGCCAUGAUCAAACGGACUAAUAAAAAUAAAAGCUGACAAGUGAGUAGGUGUGUGUGGAGGAGAGAGGCCUUGAAGGACAAAACUGGGAACUUGCACCCUGUCUACUGCAGCACUGCUCGAAAACCAGAUCAAUACUUUUAUUAACUUCACCUAGAUCAAGGAUGCAUCUGAAGUAACAGUGAUAAAUGAGAUGAUUGAGAUGCAAGAUACAUAAAAGAAUAUUAGCACGAUGGUGGCUUAACUUGGAUAGGAUAAAUUCUACACCAGGCCAGUUAGUUAACUCCAGUGGUCAAGACUUUUAGAAACAUUAAUACACGGCGGGGUGAAUUGUGACCUGGAGGAGCUUUGGGAAAGCUGUCACAUAAGGGAACACAAGCACAGGACUGGAAGGGGACAUUGAGUCAGUGGCAGACAGCAGGGGCCAUGCUGAAUGGGUGUUAAUCUAAUUGAAGGAACAAAGGCGCUGCCCAGGAAUUACUUUUGGUGCAGCUACUUGUUUUGAUACAGACUUAAACGUAUCAACAGCUUUUAAACUGAGCAGGAUGAUAGCAUUCAGAGAGGGAAUAGGGGAGAUUCACUGGGAUAGGCCAUUUCAAAUAUAAGGAGAGGCUGGAGAUACUGGGUCUGUUCUCCCUGGAGUGGAGAAAGUUGCGGGGGUGGAAGUGUGUCAUGAUUAAGAUGUGUAAAAUUAUGAGAAUGUAGAUAGUAAAGAGGUUUGCCCCUUGGCAGAAGUGUCUAAAACCAGAGGGCAUGGGAUAAAAGCUUUGGAGAGUGAAUAUGUCAUCACCUAUAAUAUGGUCUCUGCAAACCAGUACUCAUUCCACAAUCACACUUUAUUGACUUGUGCACGAGGGAAUCGCACAUAGUAACAGUGGAGGAAGUUCAUUUGUUGCCUUUGGUUGUUUAAUCAUUCCCAUUGGCCAGGCUUUCCAUAAACCAAAUAUCCCCCUCACAGGCAUCCCUGUCUUUUAUCCCUACCGUGUCCACUGCACAAUUUCCAUGUUUGCUGGCAUGAGGCAAAGAACUAAAAAUCAGACGUAUAGUCUGUGUUCAAAACAAAAAUAAUACUUGUCUCAAGUGGAUCACAUACAGUAGGUAAUGUUAAAACUAAAUUUACAGUGAAACUUAACAACCAGAAGUUAAUCCAGUAAUGAUUUGCCAAACCUUGGUCACUGGUAUUUUUAAAUAUAAUAGAACUAAAAAAUUAUAUGGCCUAGUCAUAGAGUAAUAGAAAAGUACAGCAUAGAAAAGCCCUUUGGCCCAUCUAGACCGUGCUGAACUAUUUACACAGCCUACUUCCAUUGACAUCCAUACCCCUGCCAUCUAUGUACUGUACCUAUUCAAAAUAGAGUAAUAAGAAAGUAUGGCACAGAACAGGCCUUUCAAUAUUGAAAGACCACUGUUCAGUACCAGAAAAGUCUACAGAAGUGAUGGACCAUUACUGAGCACCUUUACAAGGAGCGUUGUCACAAGAAGGACCAUCAUCAAGGACCUCUGCCAUCCAGGCCAUGAAAUCUUUUCGUCAGACAGAAGCUUUAGGUUAUUAACCUACAACCAUCGGAUUCCUGAACCACCCCUCUGCCUUUUGUCUCUUGUAGUGCUACUGGGAGCUAUGACCCAUAGAACCAUGGAACACUACAGCACAGUACAGGCCCUUCAACCAUCCAUGUUGUGCCAACCCAUAUAAUCCUUAAUAAAAAAAAGUACUAAACCCACACUACCCCAUAACCCUCCAUUUUUCUUUCAUCCAUGUGCCUGUCCAAGAGGCUCUUAAAUACCCCUGAUGUUUUAGCCUCCACAACCUUACAACCCUCUGUGUAAAAAACUUACCCCUGAUGCCUCCUCUAAAUUUCCCUCCCUUAAUUUUGUACAUAUGCCCUCUGGUGUUUGCAGACUGAUGUCAUUCUCUUUGAGUAAUUGGGAGGCACCACUUCAUGUGGGCUUAGUUGUAACUGUGCCUGGGGGAAGGCAGGUUAUAGUCAUUUAGUUAGUUUGUAGAGUAAUGUAAUUGAGAGGUACUGGGUCUGUUCUCCCUGGAGUGGAGAAGGUUGUGGGGGUGGGAGUGUGUCAUGAUUGUACAUAAUUCACAACCACCAAAAUUGAGUUAGGACUUUCUCUUUGCGAGGCUGGUCUGAUGUGAUGACGUUAUUAUGUAAGGAUUUUUAGCGUGCUUUUGUGUUUUGGAGUUCAGCCAAUUAGAGUGUGUGAGAGAAUGUGCUAGAGAGCUGUGGGGAAGAGCUUUUGGAAGGACAGUAGUCUGGUUUGGGGUGUUUUGGAGGGAUGGGCAGAGCAGGACAGAAGGGAAAAUGCCAUUGGAAGGAGAGUCCCUGUUGUAAGAAGUGUUUUGUGCAGAUGAAAGGUCAGUAUUCCUGAGAGAGAGCAGUUUGAGAUGGACUCCGGGGGAAGUUCGGAAUGUGGCAGGUGAGUCCUGUAUGUGAAUAAGAGAAACACCAAACCCAGACUACUCCAGUAUGAGCUCCAAUAUCCUGUGCACAUUGGAGUGGUUUCACUGUAAUGGACCCUUUUUCUGCAACAGUUUGUUAAAGUUGAACAUUUAGUAAAUAUACUUUCUUUAUAUUA